AUGGCUGCGAUAGUACACCCGGUGGGUGACAAAGACGUCGAUCAGAAAGUACCGUCGACCGAUUUCUCAUCCCCUUCAUCUGACGUAGUGCCCUCGUGGUCGAUGGAGCAAAAAGAAAUCAUCGAGGCUGGAACCGCCUCGACGGCAAGCGAAGAUUCGAGAUCGCGCGAGACGAGUUAUGCCACAUCGGAAACGACGGAAACGACACUCGAUGCCAACGACGAUCGGCAGCAUGACCUACGCAUGAGCAAAAAGGAAGAGAGGGAGGACUACCCGCCGCUAAGCAACAUCGCGGAGAAUCUACACUAUGAGAGGCACGGUUGGAGCCGGGCGGGCAUCAGGUUUGCCCCUCUCCGCGUGCCGCUGGUUAGGCGCCUGCAGACCCUCGCGGUGCUGGUCCAUUGCACCGCCGUCGUUUUUCUUCCCGCGCUCUUCUUCUUCCUUUGCGCCAUGCCCCUGCUGUGGCCCAUCGUGAUCCCCUACCUCAUCCACCUCUCCGUAUCCACCGCGGCCACCGACGGCAAGCUCAAAUACCGAUCCGAACAUGUCAGGUCGCUGCCUCUUUGGCGGUUGUUCGCCGGCUAUUUUCCAAUCAGGCUGCACAAGACACACGACCUCCCAGCCGACGGAAAGUACAUCCUCGGAUACCAUCCCCAUGGAAUCAUUUCCCACGGUGCAUGGGCGGCUUUCACCACGAAUGCAUUGGGCUUUAACGAAAAGUUCCCGGGCAUCACCAACACGCUCGUCACCUUGGAGUCUAACUUCAAGAUCCCCAUCUACCGUGAUUGGCUCCUGGCUAUGGGGCUGAGGUCCGUAUCUAAGGAGUCGAUUUGGAACACCCUGACCCGGGGUGGGCCCGAUAGCCAGGGAACCGGCCGAGCUGUGACUAUCGUUGUGGGCGGGGCGCGCGAGUCUCUAGAAGCCGAGCCUAGGACGCUGCGUCUAAUCUUGAAGUCGCGCAAGGGCUUCGUCAAGAUGGCUCUCAGGACCGGGGCCGAUCUCGUCCCCGUACUCGCCUUUGGCGAGAACGCCUUGUACGACCAGUUGACGCCCAAGACUCACCCAAUGGUCCACAAGUUCCAGAUGCUGUGUCUCAAAGUUUUCAAGUUUACCCUACCGGCUCUCCACGGCCGGGGGUGCUCAACUACGAUAUUGGACUUAUGCCCUACCGUCGACCGGUCAACAUUGUCGUUGGCAAGCCUAUUCCCGUUGAGAAGGUGGCAACACCGGAGCAGGGAGAAAUCGACAGGCUGCACGAUCUCUGACUUCGCGCGGAAGCACUCACAGGCACUCACAGAAAGCUCCGUAUCCUAUCAGCGACUUCUUAGGAUGUGCCCUACAUCCUUGCGCAAGCGGGCCGCGCGGCUAGCCGAUAAAGUUUCCCACCGUAACCAGUCGAAGCGCAAGGUCAAGGACGAGGACGAGGACGAGGAUCUUCACGAGAGCGAAAGCGACGGGUACGACGACGGCACCGCUAGCGAGGAGGAGGAAGAGAAGAGUAAAACCGCAAAGAAGCGCAAAGUAGCCGCGCCCAAGGCAGCGCCCAAGGCCAGGGCUAAGCCAACGAAGAGACAGAAGAAGGACGGUGACGACAUGACGCCCCUUGCCUCGAGAACGGCGCGCAGCUGGAGGCGUUCACAACUCCAUCCCCAACGCUCUUCACAUUGGAGCCAACGCCUUUGCGCUUUUCCUCAAGUCCCAGAGGAAAUGGACGAACCCCCGCUGGCCGCCGAUGUCGCCAAGCAGUACCGAGAUCUUGCCGCCAAGAAUUCGUACGCGUCGAACCUCCACGUCUUGCCCCACGGGAGCUACCUCGUCAACCUCGCCCAAGCCGACCCCGAGAAGGCGACCCAGGCGUAUACCAGUUUCGUCGAUGACCUGAAGCGAUGCGACGAACUAGGGAUUCGGCUGUACAACUUCCACCCCGGCAACAGCGGCGGCGCCGACAAGGCGGAGGCGUGCGCGCGCAUCGCCGAGAGGUUGAAUGCCGCUCACGCAGAGACGGAGAGCGUCGUCACGGUGCUGGAGAACAUGGCUGGCGGGGGCAACGUCGUGGGCGGGAGGUUCGAGGAGCUACGGGACAUCAUCGAGGGAGUCAAGGAUAAGAAGAGGGUUGCCGUGUGCUUGGACACGUGCCAUGCCUUUGCCGCCGGGUACGAUAUGAGGACGCCCGAGGCUUACAAGAAGACGAUGAAGAACUUUGACGAGGUGGUAGGACUCAAGUACCUCAAAGCUUUUCACAUAAAUGAUAGCAAAGCCCCUCUCGGCUCCAACCGCGAUCUGCACGCCAACAUCGGUACCGGAUUCCUCGGCCUGCGAGCGUUCCACAGCCUCGUCAACGACGAUCAUUUUACCGGCUGCCCCAUGGUCCUCGAGACCCCCAUCGAUCGCAAGGGCCCCGACGGCAAAACGGUCGAGGACAAGCAGGUCUGGGCGGACGAGAUCAAGUUAUUGGAGUGGCUCUUGCAGGACCAAGUCGACCGCAAGGUAGCCAAGGAUGCGAAGAAGGGGCAAAAGGCCACCAAGGGCGCCGCGAAGAAGGCUGGGAAAAAGAAGGUCAAGGAGGAGACGGAUGACGAAAGCGAUUAG